UGAAGUCUGAAUGGAGAGUCUCAGCAGCAAAGCUCCCCGCAUUUGCAUUCGCUGCAGACUUCAGUCGGGCGACCACAACACCGCGGAGGCUUCUGAACUUCACAAAACUUUGCCGCUAGCAGAGCCAAACGCACCGAGACGACGAAGUGCCGACAUUAUUGCUUUCGAUUAUUUUCCGGUAGUCGAGUUAUAGACGUGGUUCGGCCGCGUUUCGGUUCGUGGUUCGCCUCCGAAGCGCGCCGUCGAGCGAAUCCAGACGGACUACUUUUUGUGGCGUAUCAGCGUCGAGUUCAAGGCGCAACAGACUACCGGCGGCGCACACUCGGCUGUGUAGCUCGAUUCAGGGCGAAGGAGUGCGCCGAAGCUGAGGAGUUUGAAGCUGGAGAUGCCCUGCAGAGGCGUCUAGCAAACACGAACCGCUCGCUUUCUCGGCCAAACAACGCUCCAACCUUUGCUGCGUGGACCCUUAUAGGGGCAGGUGGUGGUGUUUUUUUUAAUUUUUUUUUUUUUUUUGUGCGUUGUGUUUUCGGUCCAAAACCCAGCGGACUUUCUCGACACUGGACGGACUUUGACUGAACUCUUUUGAAAGAUGUCAAUUUUGCCUUUCACUCCCCCCAUCGUCAAAAGACUGCUGGGCUGGAAGAAGGGAGAGCAGAACGGCCAGGAGGAGAAGUGGUGCGAGAAAGCGGUGAAAAGUCUGGUGAAGAAGCUGAAGAAGACGGGCCAGCUGGACGAGCUGGAGAAAGCCAUCACCACGCAGAACAUCAACACCAAAUGCAUCACUAUACCGAGGUCUCUGGACGGCCGCCUGCAGGUGUCCCACAGGAAGGGUCUGCCUCACGUCAUCUACUGCCGGCUGUGGCGCUGGCCCGACCUGCAGUCUCACCACGAGCUGCGAGCCGUGGAGCUGUGCGAGUACGCCUUCCACACGAAGAAGGAUGAGGUGUGCGUCAACCCGUACCACUACCAGAGGGUGGAGACCCCAGUCCUCCCGCCGGUGCUGGUGCCCAGACACACAGAAAUCCCCAGCGAGUUCCCGCCCCUGGACGACUACAGCCAUUCAAUCCCUGAAAACACCAACUUCCCUGCCGGCAUUGAGCCCCAGAGCAACUACAUACCAGAAACGCCGCCACCGGGCUACCUCAGCGAAGAUGGAGAGACCAGCGAUCACCAGAUGACCCACAGCAUGGACACAAGCUCCCCAAACCUGUCACCUAACCCCGUUUCACCCACACACAGUAACCUGGACCUCCACCCUGUGACGUACUGUGAGCCGGCCUUCUGGUGCUCCAUUUCCUACUACGAGCUGAACCAGCGAGUAGGAGAGACCUUCCACGCCUCGCAGCCCUCGCUGACCGUGGACGGAUUCACAGACCCCUCCAACUCGGAGCGUUUCUGCCUCGGCCUUUUAUCCAACGUCAACCGCAACGCAGCGGUGGAGUUGACUCGCCGGCACAUAGGUCGAGGCGUGCGGCUGUACUACAUCGGAGGAGAGGUGUUUGCAGAGUGUCUGAGCGACAGCGCCAUCUUCGUCCAGAGCCCCAACUGUAAUCAGCGCUACGGCUGGCACCCCGCCACAGUCUGCAAGAUCCCGCCAGGGUGCAACUUGAAGAUCUUCAACAACCAGGAGUUUGCCGCCCUGCUGGCACAGUCGGUCAACCAGGGGUUCGAGGCCGUCUACCAGCUCACCAGGAUGUGCACCAUCCGCAUGAGCUUCGUCAAGGGCUGGGGAGCCGAGUACAGGCGACAGACGGUGACCAGCACCCCCUGCUGGAUCGAGCUGCACCUGAACGGCCCGCUGCAGUGGCUCGACAAGGUGCUCACCCAGAUGGGCUCCCCGACCAUUCGAUGCUCCAGCGUCUCUUAGGGGCGUCCUUCGUCCACGCGUCUCUCACAUGACACGCCCCCCCCCCCACCCGCCCCUCCCAGGUUGCACCACAUCUUAGUACUGGAAGCUGACGAGCCCUCCCUUCACCCAGCCGCUCCUUGUUCCUCCCCCACACCUGCUGUCAGAGGCACUUUUGUGAACACUUUGUGUUUGUGGCAAAAAGGGGACGAAGUGCAUUAAAGUCGUACCACAUUAAUAUGAUCUCAGCUUAUAUGACGGCAGUUUCUUUCAUCCUUGGCCUCCGCAAGCCCGGAAACUUUACGUUUGUUUUUUUUUGUUUUUUUUCAUUCUCGCUUAAUUGAAAUUCACCGUUUGUAUUUUUGUACAGAUUUUGAACUGAACGGCGGAUUUGAUGAAUGAGUUUUUAAUGAAUAUUAUUAAGUCCCAAAGGAAAACUAAAAACCUAAACAUGUAAGAACAUGUUAAAUGCAUUUCACUUGACUUUCUUUUUGUUUUUUUGGGGGCAUUUCGUACAUUAUGAAGACUUCUAUAGAUGUAAAGCAAUGAGACAGACUGAAAGUGAUUUUUUUUAUUUAAUACACCUGCAAGCACUGUCUGUAGGAAUGUACUACAAAGAGGGUAUUUGUUAUGCUUUUAAUGCUUUCAUUGUAUGCUGCGACUGUUGUUCUGGUUAAAGUAACAAAUAGCGCUUUGUAAGGCUGUGUAUCUUUUGGUGUAAACGCCAUCAAAUGUAAAGAGAAAGAAUGGAGAGAAAAAAAAAAAAAG